AUGAAGCUGGUCACUGUGUUCCUGCUGGUGACCAUCGGCAUUUGCAGUUACUCUGCCACCGCCUUCCUCGUCAACAGCUUGCCACAGCUCAUUAACGGGAACUUGCCUUUGCCUCUGGAUGCUCUCCCACUCCUGUACCCACUUAAGCUUCUUCUGAAAACUCUGGGCAUUUCCGUUGAGCACCUUACGGAAGGGCUGAGGAAUUGUGUCAAUGAACUGACACCAGAGGCUUCCGAGUCCGUGAAGAAACUACUGGAGGCGCUCUCAUAUUUGGUGUGA